CAGUUUUCACCUUCCAGCACGGAAUCUGCCUCGGCGCGCGCACUCCUUGUCGUCUGCUCUUGACCAUCCCGAUCACCGCACCAUGUUGCGCACCACACAUCACACUUAUGGAGCUUCAGCCCCACCCCCUGAAAUGUUUUCGUGCUGUCAUGCGCUGCCGACCAAAACAACUCCCGGUGCCGGAAAUCAUGCUCGAUUUUGUCUAGAAUGUUCUUAAUUCACGCUCGAAAAGACAUUUUAGGGCGAACAUUGCGAAAUCGAGCUGGAUUUCGCGGCAACGCCCAUGCAUCGGUGUUAUAUUCUGUUUCGUUAUUCAUUUCAGUUCUUUAUUCCCCAGGGGCGCUUCUUUCUUCAUUAUAUAUAUUGGUUGUAUAUGUUAAAUAAACGUCUUUUUACUUCGGGACGGCUGGAGUCUGACUACCACCUUCGGUGAAUACCACAUUGGCGACGAGGAUGUUGUGAACGUACCCCCAGCCUGCUGCGCAAUCCUUAUUCGCCCACCAUGAGCUUCACCGGGCUUGCUCCGCCACCUUUUUUCCUUCCGACGCCCGGCCGUCCCUCAUUGCCAUGGGAGCAGUGGGAGCAGAUGUUCAACGUGUACUUGCUGGCAUCCGGAGCCGCUGCAUUCAAGCCGGAGCAACGCAAGUCUAUUCUUUUGCAUUGUUUGGGGGCAGAGGGCCAGCGUAUUUAUCAGACGCUACAUGCAGGGACCAGCGCCGCAGCACCGGCCGCACCAAGUGCCGCAACACUCGCCAAUGACAAGUCUGUCAUGGCCCCUCCUGACGAAUACGACUCUGCACUCGCCGCAUUACGGCACCAGUUUUCGACAUCGCGCAACGUUAUCAUCGAGCGUCAUCGCUUUCACCGCCGCAGCCAACACACAGGCGAGUCGGCUCAUGACUUUGUUGCCGCUCUACGGGAGCUAGCGUCACAUUGUUCGUUUGCCUGGCAAGAUGAUGCUCUGCGGGACCAAUUCGUUGCCGGCGUAGCUUCCACUCGCGUACGUGAGCGGUUACUGCUCGAGGGUUCCACACUUUCAUUCGAGAAUUCUGUUCGAAUUGCACUUCAGUUUGAGCAGGCGGCUGAAGAGAUAAAGGAGCUUUCUGCUUCGGUCGAAGCAAUUUCAUUGCGGCAGCGUCGAAAACCAUCGUCGUAUUCUUAG